UCAAAUCCCAGCAUCCUGGAAACCCACCUAAAUACCAAAGCCAUUUGCUUUCUUCUUUGACUUUUUCCCUUAUUUUAUUUUAUAAAAACACCCAAAACUCCAUUUGCAUCCCAACCUCCCUUCUCUUCUCCUUGUCUUGACCGUCUUAGCUACUCUUUUCCUUAUUGCUAUUCUUCAAAUCGGAGCCAUGGACGCCACGUCGUUCUGUGGUGCGCUUCCCCAGACGAAGCUCUCUGCUUCCAAUCGUAAUUUCUCAAGGUCGUGCCCGCGUGCGAGAUCUGUUGUUUCAGUAGGUAGGCAAUCGUCCGAGGAAUUUCAGCAGCCGGAUAAACUUUAUUCUCGAGAAUCGUUAGUGGUUUCGAGUUCUAGUUCGGCUAACAAGGGAAUGACAGCUAGCGGGAGAUCAUACUUGUCUGGUCCGGUUAUGAAGAGAAAUCCGGUUCGGCAAGCAUUCUGCGCUGCCUCUGUAGUUGGAGUGGGCGCAUAUUGUGAAGGUUUUGUUGAUUCUCAUUUGCAUGUGACAGAAGAAAAGGUUGGCGUGCUUCUUUUGAAUCUUGGAGGGCCCGAAACGCUUAAUGAUGUCCAGCCGUUUUUGUUCAAUUUGUUUGCUGAUCCAGAUAUUAUAAGACUUCCCAGGCUGUUUCAAUUUCUUCAGAAACCUUUGGCAAAAUUAAUUUCUGUUCUUCGUGCUCCUAAAAGUAAAGAAGGGUAUGCUUCUAUUGGAGGGGGCUCGCCUUUGCGUAAAAUAACGGAUGAGCAGGCUGAUGGAAUCAAAAUGGCUUUGAAGGCAAAGGGUUUGACUGCAAAUGUCUACGUUGGAAUGAGGUAUUGGUACCCAUUCACUGAGGAAGCAAUUCAUCAGAUCAAGAAGGACAAGAUAACGAAGCUUGUAGUGCUGCCACUUUAUCCGCAGUUCUCGAUCUCCACAACUGGGUCAAGCCUCCGUGUUCUCCAGAAUAUAUUUAGUGAAGAUGCAUAUCUAUCAAGGCUUCCAAUUGCCAUUAUACAGUCCUGGUAUCAACGAGAAGGUUAUAUCAAGUCUAUGGCUGACUUGAUUGGUGAAGAGCUGCAAAAAUUUGCUAAACCUGAAGAGGUCAUGAUAUUCUUCAGUGCCCAUGGAGUGCCAUUGACUUACGUGGAGGAUGCAGGAGACCCAUACAAAGAUCAAAUGGAAGAGUGCAUCUACUUAAUAAUGCAAGAGUUGAAAGCUAGAGGAUCUUACAAUGAUCAUACUCUUGCUUACCAGAGCCGAGUUGGACCUGUGCAAUGGCUGAAGCCCUACACUGAUGAAGUUCUUGUUGAGCUUGGUCAGAAAGGUGUCAAAAGUCUUCUAGCUGUACCAGUAAGCUUUGUCAGUGAGCACAUAGAGACACUUGAAGAGAUUGAUAUGGAAUAUAAGGAGUUGGCUCUGGAAUCUGGCAUUGAGAAUUGGGGUCGUGUACCUGCUCUGGGUUGCACUUCAUCCUUCAUCACAGAUUUGGCAGAUGCAGUGAUAGAAGCCCUGCCUUCAGCUAAAUCCCUUUCAACCACAAGGAGCACCUCUGAAGAAGCUGACCGUGACUUUUUGAGCUAUGCUAUUAAAAUGAUUUUUGGUUCAGUCUUAGCAUUUGUCUUGCUUUUGUCCCCUAAAGUGAUUACGGCAUUCAGGAACCGUCUCUUUUAAACGUGGAGAGUUCAGGGGAAUCUGAUACAGGCUGCCUAAUACAAAAAUUCUAAUACAGGCUGCUUAAUUGAAAAUAAUAGCUGCAGUAUAAACUUAUACAUAAUUCCCGUACUCACCCCGUCCUGUUUUUGAUGCUAUACAAGGCAGACAUGAGGAUUUUGAGAUGUAAUUUUGCAAUUAGGGUUAUAUAAUUGGCGAUCAGUGGAAAACCUAUUUUGUUUGAUGAACCAUGUGUAAAAACUAUGUACUACUUCUAUUUGCAUUCUUUGUUA